AACAGACAGUUAUCUCUGUUCUAGCUUCAUUUUCUCCCCCGCAGCAGUUAGAUACAUGGCUCAAACCAAAAUCUCUGAGAAAUAAUGAUUCCUUCUAUUAGUUGGCGAGCAAGAAGACUUCUGACCAGUAAAGGGAUAUCCUCUUCUUCCUUAAACGAUUUUAGGGCAGAGAUCGUAGGCAAGGCAAGCUGUGCAGGAAGCUUCUCAGGUUAUGAUGAAUAUGUCCGUACGGUUGACAGAGCUAGCUGUUGAUGCUGGUUGGAAAAAGCAAGCUUCCCUGCAGAAAUCUCAUUCUCCCAAAUGAACACUUCUAGUACCUUAACAUCCCAAAAGAUCCAGAAGGAAUUCGAGCUCAGAUUUUGGUAGCGGUUAUGGCCUUCUUCCUGACUUUUCUCACUCUCUUCCACUUAGUUGCUUCCCACGUAACUAGGAAGCUUCCUGACACAUCGACUAAUAAAGAACAAAAUGUUACCGAACCCACUUUUGAUGCAACAAACAAGGAACAGUGCUCCUCCUUCGCCAACAUCACCAUUUGCAGGGGCAGAUCUUCUUCCCACUGUACUGAAGAAGUUGGCUGAGCUUGAGGAGAAGGUUGAUACGCUCCAAUCUAAACCAUCUUAGAUGCCUUAUGAGAAAGAGGAAUUGCUGAAUGCUGCUGUUUGUUGUGUGGAUGCCUUGGAAGCAGAGUUAAUUGCUACUAAAAAGAUGCUAAAGCUUUCUGCACCUAUUGCUACUGGUCUUAUUUUGGUCUCUUGCUGUCCUGGGGGUCAGGCAUCAAAUGUUGUAACUUAUAUCUCAAAGGGGAAUGUUGCAUUAUCUGUUUUCAUGAUGACGUGUUCAACAAUAGGAGCUAUUAUUACCAAGCUGCUUGCUGGCCAGCUUGUUCCAGUUGAUGCUGCGGGCCUAGCGCUCAGCACUUUCCAGGUUGUUUUAGUGCCAAUGAUUAUUGGAGUACUGGCAAAUGAGCUGUUCCCAAAGUAAAAAAUAAGCUCAGUGACACCUUCGAUUGGAGUAAUUCUCACCACUCUUCUCUGUGCAAGCCCAUCUUGAAAGCACAAGAAGCGCGAUUGAUACUCCCGGUGGCUGCUCUACAUGCUGCUGCAAUGCUGCAUUUGCCAUUGGCUAUUGGAUAUCAAGGAUAUCUUUUGGUGAAUCCACUUCUCGUCAUAUCCAUAGAGUGUGGGAUGCAGAGAUUGGCACUUGGGUUUUUACUAGCUCAAAAGCAUUUUACAAACCCCUUAGUUGCUGUCCCUUCUGCUGUUAGUGUUGUUUGCAAUCUUGCAUGGCGGUAUGUCUCUUUAAAAUAUCUCGAGUUAAGUUAUGGGGCUUCUUCGAACUACUAACUAAAUUUUAUUCUCGUAAUUGUCCAACUUACUGCUCGGUGGCAUGGUCUCGCUGUGUUUUUGAGAAAGAAAGGCCUGUCGGUUGAUGAAGUAGCCUCAUCUAGUUAGAGAUGGUUGUCUUUCAUUGUAAGGUCAUGUUGGCAUUAUUAGACAUCAGUUUUUUGUGAUUGGAAAAGCUUUGGAUUCAGGUAAUUAGAACUGAGAACAUGAGAAGGGAAGAAAGGGAAGGAAUAUUUCUUUGUUCUAGAUUUGGGAAAUAAUUGAAGGCUUAUUUAUGUGGCAAAUGUUGUGACACAAUGCAGGGUACCAGUAGCUAUUGAUUAUUAG